UACUAUUGGCGGGCUAUGUGUUUGUUGCAACGACCCGUUGGUUUGUUGUCGAUAUGAAAUGCGUUAUGUAAUAAUCGUAUUACUUAUCUGGUGUAUUCAUGCUGAAUAUAUAUUUAUCAUAACAUUAAAUAAAGGUCAUUCAUAACGAAAAUGAUUCACCCCAUCUUGAAAUCAUUAUUCUCAAGCAGCAAAGGUUGCGUUUUUCAAUUCCACUGGACAGACAAGCAUUGGCUUUGGGUAUUUGGGUCGAGUCCCGAUAGAAGAAAGUAUUGUCUUGAAGGAGAAAAUAUUGCCACUAGAAGGCUUGACUAUGCCAUGGCUGUUGGCAAUCAUCUGGCCUUCAGAACUGAUUAUAAAAGGGGUGUGGCUCUGGUUCCCGGGCACAACUUGCCGUUGCUGGGUCGAAUGUGUCGCAGGGCGCUUGGCAGCAUGAAGCUCGGCACCGCGGCAGCAAGGAAGCCUGUGCGUGUUGCAUGCUACGUGGGCGGUCUGCUCACCACUGUGGGAGUGCUCUUCUACUGGCAAGACCGCAAAAAGCGCCUGGUGCUGACAGCCAGCUCCGAGGCCCCCAGGCAGACGCAGUGCGGCCAAUGGGUAGAAGGUCUGCCGUGCUACUCGCUGGAACAAGUCCAGAAGCACUGCAGUGCCAAGGACAGGAUCUGGGUGACGUUCAACCAGGGUGUGUACGAUGUGACGGAGUUUGUACAGCAGCAUCCGGGCGGGGACAAAAUAUUGAUGGCGGCUGGCAGCUCAGUGGAGCCCUUCUGGAUGCUGUAUGCCGUGCACCAGAACCCACAGGUGUACGCCAUGCUGGAGAGCAUGAGGAUAGGCAAUCUGUCGGCUGAAGAAGCUGCGGAAGCUACUGCUGGAAUGGAAGAUCCAUAUUCUGUCGACCCUAAGAGGCAUCCUGUGCUAGAAGUGAGGUCGCAGAAACCAUUCAAUGCAGAGCCACCGCUCUCGAUACUGACAGACAGCUUCACUACCGUCACGAGCAGUGUCCCAAUGAGAGAGGGCAAUGGCCUGACCAAGAAGUCUAAAGUUCCAGAAGUAGACAUCACUACAUAUGAACUAGAGAUUGAGGGCUUGGGUUUGAAGCAGAUUUCGCUGUCGUUAGACGAUCUUAAGAAGUUUCCAAAACAUACAGUCACUUCCACAAUUCAGUGCGCUGGGAACAGAAGAUCGGAAAUGUCUCAGGUGAAGCCCGUGAAAGGGCUGACGUGGGGGGCGGCAGCCAUCGGGAACGCCACGUGGUCGGGAGCCCGACUGCGGGACGUCCUCCUGGCGGCAGGACUGCCAGAAGACCACCCAGGCAUCAAGCACGUCCAGUUCGAAGGGCUUGAUACUGAUGCAGCCAAUGUCUCUUACGGAGCCUCCAUUCCUGUAGAGAAGGCCAUGGAUCCUCGGGGGGACACCAUCCUGGCCUAUGAAAUGAACGGAGCCCCUCUGUCCAGGGAUCAUGGAUACCCUGUGAGGGUCGUGGUGCCGGGAAUAGUUGGCGCUCGCAAUGUCAAAUGGCUUGGGAGGAUCGUCGUGUCGGGAGAGGAGAGUUCCUCGCACUGGCAGCAGAACGACUACAAGGGCUUCAGUCCCAGCACUGACUGGGACACGGUCGACUUCAGCAAGUCACCGGCCAUCCAGGAGCUGCCCGUCACGUCCGCAAUAUGCACGCCGUUGGAAGGGAGCACGGUUCGUCCCGUGGGUGGGAAGAUCACAGUCAGGGGUUACGCCUAUUCAGGGGGUGGUCACAAAGUGGUGCGGGUGGACGUGACGGCUGACGGAGGCAAGACGUGGCACGUGGCCAAGCUCACGGAUGAGGACAAAGACUCCAAGCCGUAUCAGUACUGGGCAUGGUCUCUGUGGAAGGCUGAAGUCCCUGUGCCGGAAGGAGCCAAAGAGGUGGAAUUGUGGUCCAAGGCUGUGGACUCUUCUUACAACACACAACCAGAAAGUUUUGAAAAUAUUUGGAACUUACGAGGAGUGUUGAGCAAUGCUUAUCACAAGGUGAAAGUUCUCAUUGAUAAAUCUUAAUGUAGUAGUUACAUUUUGUAUGUACUUUUCCAGCAAUGAUAAGGAAAUAUUUAUGGCUGUGUUUUAAUUAUCUUUUAGUUGUUGUGUAUAGUUUUAUUAAUGAUUAGUUUAUGCUGUUAAAUUAAUCUUUGGUUUAUCUACCUGUUUGACCCACUACUGUGUGGAAAAAUCAUUAUGAAAUUAUCUUAUUUGGUAUGGGUAAAUAUAAGAAGUUUCAAAAAUGAAUGCAAAUAUUUUAUUAAUUGUAUUUAAUUCAAUUUUAAAUACUUAAGCUAUUCAAGAAGGCCAAAAAUCACCACCACAACUUCAUACUGAUACAUCACUCACAGUAGCAUAAAAACUGAUCACUGAACACGCUAAGAGCGUGCUACUUUGCGCUGAGUUGCAAGGACAAAUACAUGCACUUAAAAGAAUUAUAAUUUAUGAAGUAUUGGUGUAAACUCAAGAAGAUUGUAAUAAAUUCAUGUAUUUAUAAAUAAGUGAAAAAUUUAUUUUCAUGUAAAAAUUUGUGCCAGUGUUAUUUAUGUAAAAAUAAAAAACUUCAAUGUUCACCUUGUGAUUAGCUGGCUAAUGUGUUUGUAAAAGCAAAAAAUUGUUCUACUACACCACAACGGCAAGUAAAGUGAGUGGGUUCACAAGUA